UUUUUUAUUUUACAUUGCUUUAUUGUAUGGAACAAGAAGAAGAAGAAGUUGUAACUGAUAACAACGGAUUCAGUCUAAAGAGACAAUGUAUGGGCAUGUUAGAUACGAUUUACUCAAAAGCCAACUGUGAAGAAUACAUACAAACCUUAUAUGCAAUUGAACAAAAAUUAGUCCAUGAUCAUUAUAACAGUAUGGACCACUUCAAAAGCGAUCUAUUGCAGAUCCCGCAACUCUCACCCAACGACUUGAUCAUCAAAACAAAAGUACCACUUAUGCAUGAAGAAAAGCAUACGAUGCCGAUUUACAAUUCGAUUGCUGUCAGAAAAGAAAGGUAACAUGUGGGAUCGGAUCCAGUCAUUUCUCAAACUUGGCAUAGUCUCAUGUACACUGUAAAUAUCAAAAAGCACAGACGACUUCAUUAUUCACUCGACCAAGUGAUGCCAUCGACUGUUUCACCUUGUCUGCAUCGAUUGUACAUUGCUCGAAACAGAAAACGAUUGAUAGAUGCCAGAGACAAUGUGAAUGCUACCUUGGCUGUCUUUUUUGAUGCUGCCAUACAACCCAUACUAGACGAACCUGACAUGGCGCAUGUGACAGCCAAGGCAUGGGUAGUUCAUCCUCUAGGCGAAUUUCAUACGAUGCAUCAUGACCAUCUCAAGGGUUGGAUCAAAGUCAAGAUCAUCUUCAGUACCAAAAUCGAUACGUUGAUCUCCAAAACUUUAGCCAACGAUCUAUUUUCUGAACAAAAGACAGAGUGUGUACGAGCAAUAGGUACCAUGUUUGAUCCUGAUCUUGAUUGUGCUAUGGAAAACGAAAUGAACCGACAGUUUCUUUAUACUGUGUUACAAGCAAGUCCAGUCGAUCUUUUUACGCAUGAUAUGGCUCAUAUCAAAUCAACCCACAAUGAUACCCCACCUACCCUUACUUUGAGACAUCCAAGUGCCAACCCUCUUUUCACAGUAGCCACAGACACAGAUCAUUGGAGAAAGUUAGAGCAAUUCUGUCUCGAGAAACAAGCAGGCAUUGUUUCAAGGCAGGCAUACAAGGACAUUAUGACGCAUCGUGUGGAUGCAGAAGGUUAUUUUAAACAAGUCUUUUUCACCAACCAACAUGUUGUUCAGAUCUUUCAGAAAUCCACAGCAUCUCAACGCGUCAUUGAAAUAGUAUCCCUCCUAAAACUGAGAGAUCAAAGGCAUAUGGGUCGUAUUCAAGACAUUAUUUUUGAUGAUGAUCAUACCGAAGUGAUUGGUUUAACCAUGGACAAGUACGAUAUGACACUUCGAGACUAUUUAAACGCACAUACUUAUCAACGAUUGACACAUUAUCAGCGUCUUGACAUGAUUAUUCAAAUGGUUCAAUCAAUUCAUACUAUUCAUCAAGCAGGCAUUGCUCACCGAGAUCUUUCAACUGUGAAUUUCAUGGUCAAUCUUCCUAAAGAAGACAAACUGUUGCCAGACGGAUCAGCCAAGAUAGACUUGUACUUGAUUGAUUUUGGAAAAGCCGUCUUGUUCUUACCAGAAGAAGCAAAGAGAUGGUGGGUCAACACAGAUGAACAAUACAUGUAUAAAGAUGAAGUGAAGCCAAGUUCAUUUGAAGAGUUGAUCGUGUGGUGUAAAAACUUGCCUUAUAUCAUGGCUCGGCCUGAUCAUGGCUAUCGAUUCUAUCGUUCGAUUCAGACAUUGCCUCGAUCACAACGAGACCAUGCUCUUUUGCCUCAUUUGAUUCUGCCUGCAGCAGAAGAUAUGUAUUCCUUAGGCACAUUAGUGUGGCGUAUGUUCUCAGGUAUGGAACCCUGGCCUGGCGUGUUUGACACCGAUGUCAAGAAACUGCGUGAAUCAGUGUCAACAGACUAUCACAUUGACAAGUGUUUAGAGCGUGAAAUACCCGGAUCGAUGAGUAAACAACUCCUCAAGAUGUUUCUUAGAGUAGAUCCUCAUCAACGUCGAACAGCAGCCGAUGUGCUUGUCUGGUUAAAUCAACCUGGCGUGAAAAAAGCGUUGUUGGAAGAAUGGCAAAUGACAGUUACCUCAAGAAAUGUGACACCCGCAGCCAGUCGAAAAGGAUCACCUGAAUACAUCAUGUUUCCCUUCAAGAAACAAACACGAAAAAAGCGUUUGGAAACAAAAAGUUCAAGGACAAAGUCAAAAAAAAGUAUACCACUCAAAAGAGCAAGAAGCGAAACAGACGAGUCAACGGGUAUUCUCUCUCCAGAUCCUCUUGUCAAGACACUUGGAAAGAAGCCAAAAGACGAUAUCCUGUCAAGCCCACCCUUACUACCUUUCAUAUAAUUAAAUUCUCAUUGGCUCAUUCAUGCCCGCAGCAAAAAAAAAAAAAAAAAAAAAAAAAA